UCAUAAUCAAAAUGAUGUACAGACCAAAUUUUUAUGAAAGUACCUGUUUACGUUGUAACGAUAUUGUAUAUCAAGUUGAUCGUGUUGGUCCAUUAAAAGAUUUCACAUUCUUUCAUAGUGGCUGUUUUAAGUGUGCGGUGUGCGGGACAAAAUUAACGUUGAAAACAUAUUAUAAUAAUCAACAUCGACAAGAGGAUAAAGAAGUGUAUUGUAAUAGUCAUGUACCAAAAAUUGGACCAGGACAUUUAGAUCAAACGGCGGUUGGUAUACGAUCCGCGUUAAAUGUACCACGUAGUACGAAUUUUGUUAAUGAACAGAUACGUGGACAUGGACGAGGUACAUUCGAUGCUGAAGCGUUAAAUAUUCGAACACAUCUAAAUGGUUCAAAUAAUUAUCAACAGACAUCACCCACACAUCAUCGGGAUGCACAUUAUAGUAGUCAAAAUCAAUAUGCACAUCAAAAUCAGAAUUCAAAUUCACCAAAUUAUCAAUAUGGUCGUUUUGAUGCAUCUGCAUUACAUAUUGCGCAUGCAUUACGACAGACCGAAUUACAGAAAGCAUAUCAGAAAGCACGUGAAAAACCCAUUGAUUGUUAUUUGGACAAAGAUGAACAAACGAAAUUGGAAAUGAAACAUCGAAAAGAAGAAGACGAUUUAUACAGAAAAUUUGCUAGACAACGCGAAGAAGAAGAAAAACGUAUUCGAGAAGAAUUUAGGGAUGAAUGGGAAAAAGAACUUGAACGUUUGGCACAUAGAUUUGAACGUGAAAUGCAAGUAAAACGAAAACGACCUGACGAACAAAAUGUGCUUACUUUAAGACACCAACAAGAACGGGAAGAUUUAGAAAAAAAUAUGACCUUAAGGCGAGAUAAAAAGAAAGAAUCGAUUACCAGAAAAAUGUUGGAACACGAAAGAGCCGCAACAGCUGCUUUAGUUGAGAAACAAAGUCACGAAAUGUUAGAACUCAUCAACGAAAAACGUAGUGAAUAUAUGAUGGCUGAAUCAUUAUAUUUAGACGGAGACGUGGCUGAAGGAUAUGUUGAAGAAUUAUCACCAUACCCUAGUCGUGCACCCAUUCCAGCACCUCCGGCACUAUCAAAAUUCCAAAUUUAUAAUGAUCCGACAGAGUUUGCAGAGGUUGACCAAAUUGCUAUAUCAGUGGCGCAAGAAGAUCAAAAAACAUUCACGGACCUAGUUAGACAGUUAGUGGGACGAUGUGGUUCAGAUAUAGAGAAAGCCAGAACAAUUUUCCGAUGGAUAACUGUGAAAAAUUUGAAUACAAUGCAAUUCGACGAUAAUUUAAGAGGAGAUACACCAAUGGGAUUACUUCGUGGUAUUAAACAUGGAACGGAAAGUUACCAUGUUCUAUUCAAAAGACUUUGCAGUUACGCUGGUUUACAUUGUGUUGUUAUCAAAGGCUAUUCAAAAUCAGCGGGAUACCAACCAGGUGUACGAUUUGAAGAUAAUCGAUUUAGGAAUUCAUGGAAUGCUGUGUAUGUUGCUGGAGCAUGGCGAUUUGUUCAAUGUAAUUGGGGUGCACGUCAUUUAGUGAAUGCAAAAGAAGCACCAAAAUCAGGCAACAAAGCAAAAUCGGACAGUUUACGAUACGAAUACGAUGAUCAUUAUUUCUUAACUGAUCCACGUGAAUUUAUUUAUGAAUUUUUCCCAUUACAAUCCGAUUGGCAAUUAUUAAAAACACCAAUUACAUUACAAGACUUUGAAGAGUUACCAUUUGUUCGUUCAUUAUUUUUCCGUUAUGGAUUAUAUUUCUCAGAUACAAAUACAAAAGCUGUUAUGUAUACAGAUUCAACAGGAGCUGCAACUGUUAGAAUAGCAAUGCCAGCACAUAUGCAAGGCAGUUUAAUAUUUCAUUACAAUUUAAAAUUCUACGACAGUGAUGGCGAUGGUUUUGAUGGUGUAUCGCUUAAACGAUUUGUUAUGCAGUCUGUUGUUGGAAAUCAAGUAGCCUUUCGUGUUCAUGCACCAUGUAGUGGUGCAUUUUUAUUAGAUAUUUUCGCAAAUGCUGUUACACCAAAAGAAUAUUUAACUGGUGAACCAAUGAAAUUUAAGAGCGUUUGUAAGUUUAAAAUAUGCUGCGAAGAAUUACAAACAGUUAUGGUUCCAUUACCAGAUUGUGCUAGCGGAGAAUGGGGUCCAACAAAAGCUACACGAUUAUUUGGUUUAGUUCCAAUUACACAUCAGGAUGCAUUGGUAUUUGCCGGACGUGAAUUAGAAAUACAAUUUCGUAUGUCACGACAACUCACUGAUUUCAUGGCAACAUUACAUAAAAAUGGUGUAGAAGAGAAACGUUUAUCGAAAUUUGUAACUCACGUAAUAUCCGACGAUAUUGUUACAUUUGCAAUAACAUUCCCAGAAGAAGGACAAUAUGGUUUAGAUAUUUAUACCAGAGAAUAUAGUUCGGCUAUUUCGACAUCAGGUGAAAAACAUUUAUUAACACAUUGUUGCAAAUAUUUAAUAAAUUCAUCGAAGCGUAAUUAAAGAAAGUUAUAGAUUAUAUUUUUUUGUACAGAAUUUAAAACAGUUGUCUAGAAUAUUCCAAAAAUUUUUAUAU